AGCCUGUUCCCCGUCCCCCACCCGACCCUCCCACAAAACACAACAUGCCUCCCCAGCAGAGACACGUCGCCGACGCCGUCAGAGACACCGUCCAGUACAGGGGUCCCCCUCAGGACCACCCGCCCCGCAACCGCGUCGGUCGCAGCCAGACACAGGCCCCUAAUACCUCCCCACAACAUCGUCCACCAUACAGUGGCCGUCGCUCUCAGUCCCAGGACUCUGUUCUCCAAGCUGCCAAUGCCAUCGAAAAGUCCAAGCCGAAGCAGCGUGGAAAGAAGCCCUCGGUCCACGCAGACGUCAUCGAUCGCCUUGACUUCACAGGUGUCGGCCCAAUGUUCCACCACGAUGGUCCUUUUGACGCCUGUGCUCCCUCUCGCAAUCGCCACAAGACCAGAGCCCCCAUGCUAGCAUGGAGCGGCCAACCCGAGGACCCAGCCUCAAAUGGCCGAUCAUAUCCUUCCCCAGACAAGUAUACAAACGUCCCGGCCGAGUACGAGGCACCCAAGAAGAAAGUUGACGCCAUCGCUGAGGCGUGGGGAAUUCACGAACCAGAGCCAUACGAAGAAUUCUUCGCAGGAGGUGGUACCGGUCCCACUCCGGCCAAUUCCAUCUACGCUGGAAAGGAAGGUCACGGGCACUCUCACCCAGUUCACAACGCCAGCGCCAACGGGAACGGGAACGGGAGUGGGAAUGCCUCUUCCCGCAACAAUACUCCCCAACAUUCCCUUGGCCGUCGCUCUAAAGAUAAAGAGACUCGAGACAUCCGUGAGGUUUACCGCAAAUAUCUCGAUGAGGAAACUAAGAGUCUCCAAGCUCGCGAUCGCGAACGUGGUGAACGUGGCGAGGGCCGCCGCGGCAAGCGGGGUGUCCUCCCGCCGCCUCAACCCAUCCUUGUCCCCGAAGGCAACACUACCGACUUCGUCGACCCGUCCCUCCCAGCAUCCGGAUCUCCAGGGGCUGUCAUGCCCGGUGCCCCCAAGCGUACCAAAUCACUCAUGCAACGCAUCCGAAAGAUGCGUGAUACGCCUAAUGUUCCCGUCGGCUAUGAAGAUGCAUCAGGCGAUUCCCCAUCGCCACCGCCUGGGGAAGGGGGUGGUCGCCCUACCCACCGCACCCAGAACUCGUAUGGAGCUGGCCGGUAUGGCAACGGUAACGGCGACCGUAGAAACGGUGCCCUUUCGCCUGCAUCAGACGAAGCGUAUGUGUAUGUCGAUGAGCGUCCUACCCGUGACAAGCAGCUACCCGCAACGCCGUAUGGUAUGAAGACGCCACCGGGGGACUACAGCGGGGGAUACUUUGACGAGACUUCGGGAUCUCCGGGUGCUGGUCUCGGUCGCAAGACCAGUCUGCUCAAGAAGGUCAAGGAUGCCGUUCGCGGCCCCAAGUAAUCCGUAUUCCGUUCCAGUUCUUUGGCGGAUUGUUUUUCUCCCCACUUAAUUGAUUGUUCAAAUAUUGUCAAAUCUGUGCAUUCAUUGUCUCCUUAUGUGGAACGUCGGAUCCGGUCCUCUUCAUCUGCUAUACUUCUUUAUAUAACAACGUCCCCUCCCUUCUUUUGAUCGAUUUGUUACUUUUAGCCAGGACUCACGACAGCGUCCAUGCAACGGGCGCACGACCAUGCUUCCCCUUCUUCCCUACCCCACCGUCCUUCUUUCGCUUCUCGCUUCCAUCGAAACCAGUGUCUAAAGUUGCUCGCGCCCUAUUGUUCUCGAUCCUGCGUGCAUCCUCUUGUGUCUCCCUAGCUACAUCCGUAUACCCUCCUUUUGUCCCGCGCGGGGUUGUAAACAUGUAGACUAUAACGCGUCUGUGCGCAGCGGACGUGCCGUAGUAUAAUGUCAAUGUAAAUCUCGG